CAAUAUGGCGGCCCCCACGGAGCAACUUUUGUGAAAGCCCGACCCCUUUUUAUCCUCAUGGCAUGGAUCACAAGGCUGAAUUCAAGAGGUGGAAGACACAGUGUUUGGGCAAAGCGGACCUCAGCCGAAAGGGCAGUUUGGACGAGGAUGUGGUCGAGCUCGUGCAACUCCUAAACGAGCAAGAACGAUUUUUCACCACUAGUUCCUGCUCAGGCCGCAUCGUGCUCCUAGAUGGGGGUGCAAAUGGUUUUGAGAAUCAGAAACAGAACUGUUGCUGGCUACUCGUUACACACAAACCAUGUGUAAAAGAUAAUGUGAUUGAAGCACUGAAGAAAGUGAGCGGGGAUGCCAUUUUGAAAUUUGAACCAUUUGUUCUUCAUGUGCAGUGUCAAGAGUUGCAGGAUGCUCAGAUUCUGCAUACUGUGGCAAUAGAUUCUGGUUUCAAGAAUUCUGGCAUAACAGUGGGAAAGAGAGGGAAGAUUAUAUUGGCUGUCCGGAGUACACAUGGCUUAGAAGUUCCAUUAAGCCAAAAGGGAAAACUGUUGGUGUCUGAGGACUAUAUUGACUUCGUGUUAAAUAUAGCAAACCAGAAAAUGGAGGAAAAUAGGAAGAGAAUUGAAAGAUUUUAUACAUGCCUACAAAAUAUUUUAAAAAGAGAAGCAAGUAGUAACUCUGAGCUCAAGGUGGAAAGCAAAGAGAAAAAUAACUCAUAUGUGCAUAAGAAGAAAAGAAAAGCAGGAAAAACACAUGAUAGAUGUACUACUGAAGACAAUGAUGGUGAACUUAAAAAUUAUGAUGCUAUAUUAUCCCAGAUGUUUAUUAACCGUUGGUCUGAAAGUGUCUUAGAAGAAUAUCUCUAA